AUGUUGGUCACUUGUAAACACGUUGGGCUAAAACAUGCACAAUUUUCAGUAGGAAAUGAACCCGACCAUUAUGCCGGCGGCUCGCGCCCAUCAGGCUGGUCCUCUUCAGACUACGCAGCCCAAUUUCUUGGAUGGACAGACGUGCUAUCCAGGAAUCUCUCCUUGCCUCCACAUAUUUUUCAAGCAGGAAGUUUUGCGGAUGAUCCUACGCCAAGCGCUUCGAUGAAAACUGUCGACAUCAUCAACGAGGGCAUUGAUACCACUGGCGUCGUGAAAUAUUAUAACCAACACAUGUAUCAGUAUUCGACAUGUGAUCCUGCGAGGAAUGUUAAGACGACAUUACCGAACUUGGUGAAUCAUCAAAACAUCACUGCAUACGUUGAUCUCUGGAAACCUCAAAUUGCGGCCGCUCGCAGUGUCGGAAAGGGUUUCGUCGUUGGCGAAUAUAGCUCUAUCUCUUGCUCUGGCAAACAAAACGUAUCGGAUACGUUUGGUCAGGCUCUGUGGUUGGCAGACACUGUCCUGUACAGUGCCUCUUUGAACAUUUCUAGAAUGUAUAUGCACCAGGGCGCGACAUUAGUGUUUCAAAGCAGUCAACAAGCGAACAGUCCUGGAUUCUCAUGGGUACACAGGCAUCUCAGUACUAUAUGUUCUUGGAUAUUGUCGGAAACUAAUGGUCAUUGUCCCCUAGUACAAUCUCUGGUAUCCGGUUGA